AUGUUGCUGGUGGGGUUUCGCUUUAGGCCUAGCGAUGAAGAGCUCAUUACGAACUACUUGUUGAACAAGGUUAAGGGUGAGCCGCUUCCCUUGGAUGACAUCCGUGAGUCUGAUAUGUAUGGUGAAAAGCCUCUCUGGCAAAUCUGCGGCGAUCUUUGUGAUCAGGAGGAGAAUCUCUACUUUUUCACCAGGCCGAAGAAACUAUCCAAAAACCGAGUGGCAUGGCCAACCGGCUAUGGGGUGUGGCACGAGAAUUCUUCUGACAAUGUGAAAGAAGGCUCGUCCAUGAAGAAAUCCGACUGGAUUAUGCAUGAGUUUUCACUCGUUGGGGAAACCAACUGGGUUCUGUGCACCAUUCAUAAGAAAAGACCAGAACCAAAAAGUGGGCUUGAAAGACGCUUUGAAGAUCAGUCUUAUAUUAGUGAUCAGAGAAAGAGGAUGCGUUGUGAUGUUGUUGAACGUGAUGGGCCUCAAGCCACUGAGACGCCUGCUGAAUAUCCAUUUGAAUUUGUAAUGCCUGUGUUUGAAUUUACACUGUCACAAAAUUCCGUGGAUACUGUGGAUGAGAAUAACACGCAGACGACUGAUUUGGAAACCUUCAUGAGUUGCCUACCUGCCAGUAAUGAUGACUCAAUGCCUGAGUUUUAUACUUCAUAUGUUUAUCUGCUGCCGCUGCCUUCCCAAGAGGAUGAACAUUUGCUGCUUGGUAUAUGGGUGGAUUUUGAUGAUGCUGACUUUGGUAUUUUAUUUAUCUAG